AACAACAACAACAACAACAACAACAACAACAACAACAACAACAACAACAGUGUGCAAAACAGUUGCCCUUGCCACAGGUCGAUCAAUACAUACGAUGCGCCUCGUCUCAACAAACACCGGAACAAUACGAAGUUUCUCAUUCAUCAUUCUUUCCCUUCCUUUUCUUUUUUUUCUGAGAUUUUUUCACAACCGUUUCUCAAUGGCUGCGCUUCUGAGACACAUUGGCGGAACGGUCGUCGGUGCCGCUCCGCUGGCUGUGGCGUUCGCGUGCGCGCCGUCUUUCACCAUGCUGUGGAGUGUGAUGCGCGUUGCCACUGCGCCGCUGCCCAUCCGCGUGUUUGAGCGCUGCGAUGUCGUCCUGUACGAUCUGUACCAGUCCUUCGUCUCGUUCUUCUACGAGCACUGGGCUGGCGUGCGCCUCGUCUUCCACGGCGAUGUCCUCCCAAGCAGCGCCCAGGCUGCCACGAUCGUCCCGCUCACGGCCGAUGGGACCAAGCCGCUCCUCGAAGUCCAAGCCCAUGGAGCGGCAGCCGUCGGCAAUGCUGGUGCUGCCUCUGCUGCUGCCACUGCGACUGCUGCAACUGGUGCUCCCGAGGCCGAAAACGUCCUGUACAUGUCCAACCACCAGUGCGCGGCGGACUGGGUGAUGGUCGACCUGAUCGCCUUGCGCCACGGGGCGCUGGGCCGCAUCCGAUACAUGAUGAAGCGCUCCCUCCGACUCCUCCCGCUCUACGGCUGGUACUUUGCCAUGCACAGCUGCGUGUUUGUCCGCAAAAACUGGAACCACGACCAGCGCGGUUUGCUCGUCGUGCUCGAUCGCUUCCGCUCGCGCAACAUGCCCAUCUGGCUCGUCGUCUUCCCCGAAGGCACCCGUUUCGAACCCACCCAGAAGCCCGCCAUUCUCGAGCGAUCCAAGCUGUACUGCGCCGAGCGUGGCUGGCCCCAGUUUGAACAGGUUUUGCCACCCCGCAUCAAUGGCUUCCGAGGCUGUGUGAAUGGUCUGCGCAACCACAUCGACGCAGUGUACGACGUCACCGUCAUGUACAGCACGUCCAACGAUCUGGCUUCUGGCCGGACGGUUCGCGAUCGCACUCCUAGCAUGCUUGAUUUGCUCGCUCGUCGGUACAAGCGCAUCGAUAUUCACAUUCGCCGCCAUCCUGUAGAGGCGCUCCCCAUGUCGGACGAAGGCAUUGAGCAAUGGCUUGUGGACAGAUUCCAAGAGAAGAACAACCGCAUCAAAUCCUUCCUCGAAAACGGCACCUUUGCCAUUCCGGAGGACGAGCAUGCCACGUUUGUGCUUCCUCAGCUGGUGCGCGAAGAGCGCGUGAAUCCUUGGCGCACCUUUUUCAAGAGCGUUCUGCUGGUGGCCACGCUGGUUCCGUUCGUUGCCCUUGAGAAAGGCCGCAAGAUUCUUUUCUACUUUUGCACGGUUGGUACGCUUGCGGGCAUGGCAGUUUCCUCGCGUUAUUGAUGGGCUGUCUAUGUAAGCGCAAUAAUAGUAUGCAUUCUUUUAGUUCUUUUUUUUUUUGUUUUUCCCCUCUCCCCGUCCUUUGAUCUUCGAGCUAAACAAUGUCAAAAGGGAGUCGAAAAAAAAACAUGAUAUCAC